AUGAAGCAACACUUCAAAGACAUGGACCUGGUCAAAGAGAUGACGCUCCCACUCUUCGCCGUGAGCGCCUACUCAUCGCUCUUCGGCGCCUCCUUCGGCAUCGACCACAACUACUGGAACGGCGUCCUCGGCAUGGCCCAAUUCAAACGCGACUUCGGCGUCUGGGACCCCACCACCUCGACCUACAUCAUCCCCUCGACCUGGAUCAGCGCCGGCUCAGGCCUCCCCAGCGCCGGUCUCGCCAUCGGCGCAUUGCUCUCCGGCCUCUUCGGCAACCGCCUCGGCCGCGUGCGCACGUUCCUCGUCGCAGCGACCACGUCCAUCGUCGGCAUCGUCGUCCAGGCCGCCAGCCUGCCCGGCCACUACUGGCAGCUGAUGGCAGGCCGCAUCGUGACGACCGUCGCGCUCGGCGUUGUUUGUAAUGCGGUGCCGGCGUACCAGGCCGAGUGCGCGCCCGCGGCCAUACGCGGCGCGCUGGUCAACGCGUAUCAGUGCUGGCUGCUCGUCGGCGCGCUGAUGGCGAACACGGCGAACUGGGGGACGUAUGCGUGGGAGACGCAGUGGGCGUACCGGCUGAUCAUCGUGCUGCAGUUGGUGGUGCCGGUGGUGUUGCUGGUCGGCGGCGCGUGGUUGCCUGAGAGCCCGAGGUGGCUGGUCGGCAAGGAGAGGGAGGAGGAGGCGCUGGAGGUGCUGUUGCUGCUGCGGCGCGGAACGGCGCGCGAGGUCGUUGAGGAGGAGGUGCGUGUCCUUGCGGCCGCUGAGAAGGAGCAAAGGCGGCAUCUGCAGGCCGCGUCGUGGGCGGACUGCUUUCGCGGCCCCAACCUCCGCCGCACCCUCAUCGUCGCGGGCGUCCAGUGCUUCCAGGCCGGCCAGGGCAACAGCUUCAUCACCAACUACGGCGUCGUCUUCCUGCAGGCCAUCGGCGUGCAGAACACGUACCAGACGCAGGUCCUGCUCAUCUUCACGACCACCAUCUCGUCCGUCUUCCCCUUCUACUUCGCCGACCGCAUCGGCCGCCGCCUGCCGCUCAUCGUCGGCGCUGUCGUCAUGGGCGUCUGCAUGUAUGUCGUCGCCGGCGUGACGGGCUACGCGCCGGCGGAUGACGGCGCCGCGCUGAAGGCCGCGACGGCGGCGCUGUUUGUGUGGCAGUUUUUCUUGUCGAGUUGCUGGUCGUCGUGUGUAUGGAUCGUCACCGCCGAAACCCCGACCCUCCAUCUCCGCGAGAAGACCAUUACCAUCGGCACUUUCCUCGGCUUCAGCGUCGGCGUGCUGGUCACCUUCGUCAAUCCGUUCCUGCAGGACGCGGACCAAGCGGGUCUGGGGGGCCGCGUGGGCUUUGUGUACGGUAGCUUCAGCUUUGCUGCGGCGGUCUGGACGUUCCUGUUCGUGCCCGAGCUAAAAGGCCGCUCGCUGGAGGAAAUUGACGGGUUGUUUGAGGCCGGGGUGAAGGCGUGGGGGGCGGGGCGGCUCAGCAGCCUGGAGAGGGGUUGUGGAACGGACAUUCCGGUAUUGAAGGGGGUGGAGGUGGGGGAUGGGAGAGGGGAGAGGAGCGGUGAUGAGGGGAGGGAGAGCGCGACAAAGGGGCUGGAUAGCGCCUGA